AUGAAGUCGUUCCAGUUCCUGUGUCCGCUUGCUCUUCGCCCAACCAUUCCACUCCGCAUCAUCCGGCCUAGUCAACUUGGAUUGCGCUCCAUCUCAAGAACCACGGGCGAAAUGACUUCUAAAAGAGACGAUUCAAUUCCCCAUGAGUUGCGCACAGCUGCAGAACCCCGGCAGAAUAGACUACAUCCAGUGCGAUUAUCGCACAUUGAACAGGUCAACCCCUCUGUUCGGCUUCUACAGUUCGCUCUGCCUCCCCAGGAGAAUAAUGAUAACAAUCAGCAGCCAUUCAGCUUCCUCCCGGGCCAAUGGCUUGAUGUCCAUAUUCCCUCCAUCGCCCAAGCGGGUGGCUUUACUAUCACCUCUACUCCGGCAGAUGCGCAAGUACUACCAUCGCCAGAGGCUUCUAUAGACUCAUUAGCUGGCGAGGCACUAGAACCCUCUUCAGAAUCUCAAGGGCGACCACCAUAUGUGGAACUGGCUGUACAAGACUCGCCAGGUAACCCAUCCGCCGCAUGGCUAUGGAGACCAAAAGAAGAGAUUCUAGGAAAGGAACUGAAUAUCCGAGUUGGCGGAAGCUUUGUCUGGCCUCCCACUGGAGUCGAUGUUAAUGAUAUUAAGAAUGUGGUCUUCGUUGCGGGUGGUGUUGGCAUCAACCCUCUGGUAUCCAUGCUUUCCCACCUAAAUAAUAAUGAACCCCACACACCUAAGCCAACAACCAUCCACAUCCUAUACUCCAGCCGCCUGCCGCAAGAUCGGGAAACAGCCUCGGCAGACGCAGUACUAGACCAGAUCCUGUUUCUCCCACGUCUGCGCCAGAUAGUCCGGUCUCAAGAGAGUUCGCAUCGGCUCCGCAUCUCGCUGGACCUUUUCCUUACGGACUUAACCUCAUCGCCUGAUCUGCUCUCAUCUGGGUCUCCUUCGGAUCUCAAGAUUCACAGAGAGAGGAUAUCCGAUCGUGAUCUGCGCUCUGCAACUGUGGGUACACAUGGCGAGUUGGAUUCUCGGGGUACAGUAUGCUAUGUUUGUGGACCGCCUGGUAUGACCGAUUCCAUCGUGGAGAGAUUGGCUGAGAUCCUAGGGGAUGGUGGGGAGCAGCGAGUUUUCUUUGAGAAAUGGUGGUAA